UUCUCUUUCGAUCAGGGAUUUCGAAACCCUAGUCUAGUCGAUAUCGAGAUCCAACCAAACCCAGAUCUGCUGCUUAUAAUCUCUCUCAGGGUUUUGCAAGUCUCGAUUCUUGAACAAUGGAGAAGCCUGCGAAGGAGGCAGCUGCGGCCCCAGUAUCGUUAUAUUGGGACAUAAAGAGGUUUCCGGUCCCCGAUGGCUAUGAUGCUCGUCGGGUGGGUCCGAGUAUCAAACGGAAUUUGAGGAAGUUAGGCUACACUGGUCCUGUCACCAUCAUUGCCAUUGGCGUACUAACAGAGGUCCCCUUUGGCAUCCUUGAAUCCCUCUAUUCUACUGGGAUCACUCUUAAGAACGUGGGCUGCACUCCCAGAGACGCUAUGAGUCUAUUCAUUGACUUUUAUAGUACUGCUCCAGACACCGAUAAUAUGGUGUUCCUAUCCGCUCCACCAAACUGCUUUCAGCCAUUCUACUAUACGCAUGUUGACAAGUUACGUAAGGAGGGACACUACACUACAUUACUGUUUGCACGUAAUUCUCAAGAUCAAAAGUGCCUCUGGGAAGAUAACUUGCUUCUGGCAGAUCCAGGGGUACUCGAGGGGGCAAAGUGCGGUGAAACCGGUAAACCUUCCUUUUGGGAUUGCGAUGUGUGCCAUGGUCUUCGUGGCUACGGCUUUGAAAAUUUUCUCACCCAUCUUUCUACUCGGCAACAUAAACAAUUGUUUUCCCUCUGGGAUACAGAUGCCACCUUUGACUCUGACUCGAAUUCUCACUCGGAAUCUCACUCGAAAUCUGACUCUGGCGUGGAGGCUCCUAAAACCAUAGUGCGCAGGACAAUAUUGAGUAAAACUCAAGGUCUUUUUGCCCAGACAAUGCUACAAUUAGGGCUUACUACCGAAAGUGCAAGAAGAGUAGGCUUACUACCGAAAGUAACCGCAAGAAGAGUAGGCUUACUACCGAAAGUAACUACAAGAAGACUACCGAAAGUAACUACAAGAAGAGUAGGCUUACUACCGAAAGUAACUACAAGCAGAGUACCGAAAGUAACUACAAGAAGGGGAGGCUUACUACCGACACGGAAGAGUAGUUACUACCGAAAGUAAGUAGUAACUACAAGAAGGGUAGGACGUGAAAAAGAAGAGUACAUGUCCCUUGGUGUUGUUCUUCUCUGACUCCUUUUGGUUUGGUGUAAAACUGUGAAUGGUGGUUUGUUCUACUUCUUGCCGGCUUGUUCUAUUAUAUAACUUAUUGUUCAAGUCUCGUCGGCAAGAGUUGGGUUCACUUAUAAUAUAACUUAUGCUUAUUUAAGUCUCGCUUUGUUUUGUUUUAAAGUUAAUUGUAUCCGGAUACUAGUAUCUUUGUGUGACAUCUAUUUUAUUUAUCUA